AUGUCCCUGAAACAGGAUUCCGACAUCGCAGACCUGCGACAGCGCAUCCGCCAUUCGACCGCGCACGUCAUGGCUGAUGUGGUCACGCAGAUGUUCCCGGAAGCAAAGCUCGCCAUCGGGCCCCCUACGGAUGACGGCUUCUAUUACGACUUCCUCGCGCCAGAACCUUUUCGCGAGGAAGACCUCGAACGCAUAGAAGAGCAGAUGAAGGCCGUCAUCGCUAAGGAUCUCACUUUCGAAUACAGCGAAUAUCCGCGAGAUGCCGCGCUGGAGAUGAACGCAGGUGAACCGCUGAAAUUAGAGAUUAUCAACGAAAUCCCCGAAGACGAGGCAAUCUCCACAUACAAGCAUGGUGCAUUCGAGGAUCUCUGUGCAGGUCCACACGUCGAAUCAACCGGCAAGAUUCCGGCGUUCAAGCUGCUCAGUGUCGCGGGCGCGUACUGGCGCGGCGACGAGAAACGCCCCAUGCUCCAGCGCAUCUACGGCACUGCAUUCGAGUCGCAAGACGCGCUCGACGAACAUCUGCACCGACUCGAAGAAGCAAGACGCCGCGACCACCGGCUUCUCGGCAGGGAACUCGACUUGGCUCGCGGCUCCGCGGCAUUAUCGAGGAUUUUUUGGAAGCAAGAACACUACAGCGCAGGCUACGACCUUGUUUACACGCCACACAUUGGCCGCUCAAACCUAUGGGAAACGAGCGGCCACCUCGACUUCUACAAGGAAAACAUGUACGCCGCGAUGGAGAUGGACGGACAGGACUAUUACUUGAAGCCGAUGAACUGCCCAUUCCACAUCAUGUACUACCGCACAGCAAUGCGCAGCUACCGCGACCUCCCGAUGCGUAUUGGCGAGCUUGGCUCGGUAUAUCGCUAUGAGCGUGGUGGAGUGCUGCACGGCUUGCUUCGCGUACGCGGGUUGACUCAGGACGACGCCCACAUCUUCUGCCGCCAGGAUCAGGUUGUCGAAGAGAUCAACGGAGUGCUCGACCUCGACUUUCACCUGCUAGAGGCUAUGGGAUUCAGCGAGUUCGAGGUUAUGCUAUCCACUCGUCCAGAGAAAGCCGUCGGUGACGCCGCUCAAUGGGACAUUGCAACCGAUUCAUUGCGUCAGACACUCGAACAGCGGGGCAUCCCAUUCGAGGUAGAUGAGGGCGGCGGAGCAUUCUACGGACCCAAAAUCGAUGUACACAUCCGAGAUGCUAUCGGCAGGCUUUGGCAAUGCACGACGGUUCAAUUCGACUUCAAUCUGCCUGAGCGCUUCGGAUUGACCUACAUCGGAGAAGACGGACAGGAACAUCAGCCGUAUAUGGUUCAUCGCGCGCUUCUCGGCUCCCUGGAACGCUUUGUGGGCGUACUCAUCGAGCACUAUGGCGGCGCGUUCCCCGUAUGGCUCGCUCCGGUUCAGGCAGUCGUCAUUCCCAUCGCAGACCGUCAUGUAGAAUACGCAGAUUCCGUGCGAACGCAGCUUACCGCCGCAGGACUCCGCGCACAAACGGACCGACGCAGCGAACGCAUGAACGCCAAAAUCCGCGAGGCUCAAUUGCAGAAAAUACCCUACAUGCUCGUAGUGGGCGACCGCGAGGCAACGGCAGGCGCUGCUGCUGUCCGACUUCGCACCGGGGAGAAUCUCGGAGCCGUGCCAGUCGCGGAUAUUGUCGCGCGCAUCACACAGGAAGCUGAAGACAGAUCGUAG